GUUUGAUACAGGUCCCUUUUCUCUAUCUUUUUUCACUGAUUUUCGUCGUCGAUCUGAUCGUCUUUUCUGGAAAUAUUGGAUACCAGUUUGGAUAACAGGACCAUGGACUCAUAAUGCUACCGACUCGACAUAUAUUAGCACGCCAGCUGAUGCGCCCUGGCCUGCCCAGGGUGAAUCGUGUGGCAUGUGCUCAAUCAUUACGCUACAAUUCUCUGGAAGCCGGUGAAAACAACACCGGUCAUAUUAGUGCUGCUUCUAACGAAGGUGUACUAUUCUUCAAUAAUCUUUAUCCUCUCAGGUUACAAUGGCUCCUCCGUUUGCCACUUUUGAGCGCCGACAGACUGUUCUCGACUCUGACUGGAGGUGACAAGUCCAUGGGAGCCAUUGAUCCUCAGAAGGUCAUCAAGCGGGCACAGGAAGCUACCCCUGACAAGCAGGUACAAGCUAACGUGGUCGAAGUGCUGCCCAGAAUCAAGGAAGGAGGUGCUUUUGUCAAGUUCACAUAUGAUUCCGGCUCAAAACUAUCGGAUAUUGAAGCAGCUGUACAAAAGCAUCUUCAAGAUCAUCAGGUCAAACCUUGGUGGGCACCUAUCACUAAUGUUCGCGCUGGACUAGUCAAGGGUAAGCCAUGGGUCGAGGAUCUGUAUCGCUUGCCUAGCCAGCGUCUGAGAAUCGAAUUUUUGCCUACCGCCCCUGGUGGUGAGAUUGCGGAGCUGUCUCAAGAACAGCUCUAUGCCUUCUUCAGACCCUACGGAAAGCUGGCAGAUAUCAUUUCUCAGCCUUCUGACUCGAAGGUGCUACCAAAGUUUGCCAAUAUUGAUUUCACGACUGUUCGCAAAGCCGUCAUGGCUAAGAACUGCUUGCACGGCUAUGUUGUAUCAGAGGCACAGGGCGGUGGCAAACUAGGCACAGUCUUCAGAAUCUCUUACGAGAAGAAACAAAAGGCUCGAUGGUUCAUCGAUUGGCUUACGAGCCAUCCAAGAAUAGUCAUUCCUGCUGUCGCUGCCCUCGUCGCUGGUAUCACGGUCGCGGUCUUCGACCCUAUUCGUACCGCAUUCAUCAAGGCACACAUCACGCGAACGCUCCACCUUGAGGACAACAGAGUCUACCGCUGGUUUAAGCAACAGGCGAAUGACCUUCUGGAUGUUGUCCGUCUCAGAUCGCAUACUCCCGAUGAAGCUGGAAUGGAAGCUAUUUGGGAGGACCAAAGAGGAAACAUCAAUCAGAUCAAGACCUGGCUCAUGGAGACCGCAGACACUUUCAUCGUGGUUCAGGGUCCCCGUGGCUCAGCGAAGCGCGAACUGGUCGUUGAUCAAGCUCUGAAGGAUCGUAAGAACAAGUUGGUCAUCGACUGCAAGCCGAUCCAAGAGGCCCGUGGAGAUGCAGGCACGAUCAGCGCUACUGCUGCCGAAGUCGGUUACCGCCCAGUCUUCUCGUGGAUGAACUCAAUCAGUGGACUCAUCGAUCUUGCAGCCCAGGGUGCAACUGGUGUCAAGACCGGCUUUUCCGAGACCUUGGACUCUCAGCUCCAGAAGAUCUUUACAAACACUGCUACCGCUCUGAAGCAGAUUGCUCUUGAUGGAAGAAAGAAGGACGAUAGAGACGCCAACCUCAGCGAUGACGAAUACCUUGAAGCACAUCCCGAGAGAAGACCUGUCAUUGUCAUCGACAAUUUCUUGCACAAGAGUCAAGAAGGCACUGUCGUUUAUGAUAAGAUUGCUGAAUGGGCCGCUCGUGUGACCACCUCUAACAUCGCUCACGUUGUGUUUUUGACUCACGAUGUUUCAUUCAGCAAAUCACUGUCCAAAGCUCUGCCAGACCGCGUGUUCCGUCAAAUCUCUCUUUCCGAUACCUCGCUCGAGGUUGCCAAACGAUUCGUCAUCAACCAUAUCGAUUUCGAAACCGAAGAUGCCGAAGCAGGCAUCAAACAGUUGACUCCCUCUCAACGUCGCAAAGAUCUUGGCGAGCUUGACAGCGUCCUCCCUGCUCUUGGAGGUCGCUUGACUGACCUCGAAUUCCUGGCUCGCAGAAUCAAGGCUGGCGAGACCCCUCGCAAGGCUGUUCGUGAAAUUGUCGAGCAAUCUGCCAGUGAGAUCCUGAAGAUGUUCGUGCUUGGCCAGGAUGAUAGUGGCAGACAAUGGACACCUCAACAAGCCUGGCUGCUCAUCAAGCAGCUAGCCAAGGACGAAAGCAUUCGCUACAACGAGAUUUUGCUGUCUGACACCUACAAAUCUGGCGGUGAAAAGGCUCUCGCGGCUCUCGAGCAAGCAGAACUCAUUGCCAUCCAGUCCUACAAUGGCCGUCCUUAUGCCAUCAAGCCUGGUCGUCCAGUCUACCAGCCUGCAUUCGAGAAGCUGUCCGAGGAUAAGGUCCUCAGGUCACGCAUGGAUCUCGCAGUCCUGGCUGAAGGCAUCAAGGCCGAAACACAGAGCAUCGACAAGUACGAGCAGGAGUUGCAUUUGCUGGGUGAGCUGCCGAAACAGCCGGCAGAGUUGACGAGCCGUGUCAACUAUCUCUUGGCUAAGAUCAUGGCUAGUCAGGCCAAGGUUGAAGUCUAUGAGAAGCAGAGUGGUGAACUCAAGAAGAUUUUGACAACAGAAUACUAAGAUAGCAUAAGAGGGAGGAUGCUUUGGAUUCAGUCAUCCCAUCUCAAUUUUGUAAUAACAAGAUUAGCGAGCGUUAAUUAAACAUCUUUUUUUGACC